AUGGCUGGGGUUUCAGCCCGUUGCUCGCCAACUGUAAAGUGCAGUCUGCUAUACUCGCUCUUCGUACUCGUGCUAUCCCUGGAAGCGGUCUCGGCAGCUCCGAGCGAUGAUUCGCUGGGUCUUCCAUGCUUUUUCAACCUGACUGCAGCGUCGCCCUACUCGGUCCGAGUCCAUCUCAAUAACAGGUUAUUGGUUGGCGAACAGUACGUCCCUCAUGGAUCCGAGCUCGCCUUCCACUGUCCGAUACAGCGUUUCUAUCGUCUCACCGGUCCCAAUACGAUACGCUGCAAGCACGGGAAAUUCGAAGAAAAACUAUCGACCUGCGAAGCCGUUCUCAUAUCGAACCGCCUGACUGCUCUCGUAGACACCGAAUACAUCAUGGGCCCCGGUGGUGAAUACGUAGUUUUCGCAGGAUCCCAGGUCCGGCUCAGCUGCUAUCAUGCUCUGUCCAGGGCCUACCGUCCCUCUUGGCAAUGGGUGGGCAAAGUGAGCAACGUGUUCAUCGAAGAAAAAGUCUCUUUCGGACAAGUGACCGUUUAUGCGAAGUUCGAAGCCACAAACGAAACAAAGGCCACUUUCACGUGUUCUGACCCGACGGAUGAAAUCCACGUGAAGAUCGUAGCACGUCCUCUGCAAUGCCCACAAUUGAAACGAUCGAGUGGACUUACGAUCUCGCAGACGUCAUGGUUGCGGGCCGAUUUCUCGUGUCCCGCUGGUUCGAUACUCCUGGGACCUCAGACUACCAACUGCAUGCAGUUCCGUCAAUGGGAUUCUCCUGAGCCGAUUUGUGCCUUCUACGGAUGUGAAAGAAGGAAGCUCAACGCAGAUGGGACACCGGACGACGGUCUGCUGUUCCCCUGUCAACUCCCAGAGCUGUCAGGUGACCUGGUGGCUUAUUCAAGGUCGAGUCGAAUCCAAUCCAUGGAUGUCGUUGCACACGGCACGGACGUCGAGUUCAAUUGCCGCAAUCUCGGUCGAGCUCUGAAGAUAGGCGCCGGCGAAGCCAGGUGUCUCAACGGAAACUGGACAGCGCCCCCGCCGGUUUGCGCGAUUCCGGAUCGAUCGAGUCUCAAGGGCAUCGUUUUCGACUUCGAUUUCCCGUACCGAUUCGGACCGACCGGGGUUCUAUACGUCGAGCCUAAAAGCGAAGUCAUCAUCAAAUGCAUCUCGCCGACAAAGCUCAUGCCUACACUGAAUUACACGAUCUACGAUGAACUCAGUCCAGUCUUCAUCAUUAAAGCAGAAGCCGAAGACAGCACCGCCGUUGCGAGGGUUUUCACUUUCAACACCGGUCCGAAGUUCGAUGCGGAGUUCUCCUGUACAACAAAUGAGACAAACGAUGUCUUCGAGACUCGGAGCGUCCGUAUCGUUACUCGCGAGGCUCGUUGCGGUAGUUUCGAAACUCGAGAAGGUCUCCGCUACGAAGUAGUGGACGAUAUGGCAGUUUUCCGCUGUGAGGAGCCAGGAAGGUUAUUGGGCCGCAGUCUCCUGCACUGCGUGAACGGGGAUUGGGAUCACGCUCAGCCGAUGUGCGUGUACCAAGAGCGCUGUGCCGGCUGGCUUCCAGACGCUUCGAACAUUACUGAGGACGCGGGUGGCUUCAGACAAAACGAGAAUCAGACUUUCGUGGUCCGUGAGAAGCAAGUUCUUCAGGAAAAUGCCACCAAUUAUCAGCUGAACCAGCAAGGCUCUUCGUCCACUGGAACUGCAAGACCCCCUCUGCGUCCGCUGCGUCCCCUUCGCCCUCUGCAGGCUGCGAUCGAGGAAGACGAUGAUGACUCCGCCGAUGAAACUGAUGACGAGCUGAGGAAAAUCGUCGAGGAGGCUGAGAAAGAAGAAAAUGAAGAGUACGCUGACGAUGAGGAAUACCAAACAGUCCGUCCGAAACGCCCACUGAACCCUGUCGAGUCGACUCCCGCGCCGUCCGAGGAGUCGUUGGUCUGCCCGAAGCCGUCCGGAAUGUUCGCAUACCCUAAAGACUGCCGCCGCUUCAUUCUUUGCACCGAAGGUGUUGCGACGACGAUGCUGUGCCCCCAGAAACUGAUCUUCAGUCCUUCUGCGGAGCUGUGUCGCGAGAAGGACGACGAAAGUGGCUGCUAUGCCGAUGAUUGA